ACAGCAACACUGCUAUUGGUGACGUUUCCGAGAGUGCGCAGGCAAAAGAGAAUAUUCAUCGAAAUAAAAUAAGAUUAAAUUAGUUAUUUGCCUAUUUAAUUGAUGAAGUGAUGUUAUUAAUUAUGAUUAUGUAGUUUUUUACUUUAAGUACGGAGUCAAUAACUGUAUUUACAUAGUAUUUUAGCAACGGAAGUCGUGUAAUAACAUCACGUCAUGUCGUUGUAUGUGGUUUGCGCAUUGCUGCUUUUGACGCCUAUUCGAGCAUUUUAUUUGCCGGGUUUGGCUCCAGUAAACUAUUGUAUAGCUAGUGAUGACACUAGCAAAUCGUGCAAGACGGAAAUCCCGCUGUAUGUGAAUAGAUUGAACACAGAAGAAUCAGUGAUUCCAUUUGAGUAUCACCACUUUGAUUUCUGUACUACUGAUGAAAGUCAAUCACCUGUGGAGAAUCUCGGUCAAGUCGUCUUCGGCGAACGAAUACGACCAAGUCCUUAUAAGCUCGAAUUCCUUCAAAAUGUUGAGUGUAAACCAGUGUGCACGAAGACAUAUAGGGGCUCGGACUCCGAUUCUAACAAACGGUUGAAUCUGCUGAAGAUGGGCAUGGCUCUCUCUUACCAGCACCAUUGGAUUCUAGACAACAUGCCUGUGACUUGGUGUUACUUGGUUAAUGAGGGAGGGAAGACUUACUGCAGUACUGGGUUCCCGAUGGGCUGCCAAGUGCGCAAAGACAUGGACACAUGCACACCGAUUGUGAACGGUCAUUCAAGUCGUAUCGGCGCUUACUACCUUUUCAACCAUGUAGACUUGGAGAUCACGUAUCACAGUGGUAGUGAAGAGGAGUGGGGCGUUGCAUUCGGUGAAAAUGGCGGUCGAAUUAUAUCUGCUAAGGUGAAACCAGCUAGCAUUCGACACACAAACCCAUUAAAACCGGAUUGUUCUGCCCGUGGAGCUGAACUGCUCAUACCAACUGAAAUCGAUUCUGACAAAGUCUUCAACAUCACAUACACUUACAGUGUUACCUUUAAAAAGAACAACACUAUCAAAUGGUCUUCACGAUGGGACUACAUACUCGAAUCUAUGCCACAAACGAACAUUCAAUGGUUCUCCAUUCUAAACUCUUUGGUGAUAGUCUUGUUCCUCAGUGGUAUGGUUGCCAUGAUUUUACUGAGGACUCUGUACAAAGAUAUAGCGAGGUACAACCAAAUGGAAUGUGGGGAAGAUGCACAGGAAGAAUUUGGUUGGAAGUUAGUGCACGGUGACGUAUUCCGGCCUCCACGUCGAGGUAUGCUGCUGGCCGUGUUCCUCGGAUCUGGAUCUCAGGUGUUCGGCAUGACUUUGGUGACUCUAGCGUUUGCUUGCCUGGGUUUCCUGUCCCCGGCUAACCGUGGUGCUCUGAUGACGUGUGCGCUGGUCGCCUGGGUGUUGCUCGGAGCUGCCGCUGGUUACGUCAGCGCUAGGAUCUACAAGAGCUUCGGCGGCAGGAGGUGGAAGAGCAAUAUUCUGUUGACCUCAAUGGUGUGCCCUGGUGUGGUGUUCUCUCUGUUCUUCAUAAUGAACUUGGUGCUGUGGGGUAAGGGAUCAUCCGCGGCCGUACCCUUCUCAACUCUAGUGGCUCUGCUCGCUCUCUGGUUCGGUGUCUCAGUACCGCUCACCUUUAUCGGAGCUUACUUCGGAUUUAGGAAGAGGAUCUUAGACCACCCAGUGCGCACGAACCAGAUUCCCCGACAAAUCCCAGAGCAGUCGUUAUACACACAACCCGUUCCCGGCAUCGUGAUGGGUGGUGUACUGCCAUUUGGAUGCAUCUUCAUUCAGCUGUUCUUUAUUCUCAACUCGCUUUGGUCCAGUCAGAUGUACUACAUGUUCGGAUUCCUGUUCCUUGUGUUCGUGAUCCUGGUGAUCACGUGCUCGGAGACGACGAUCCUGCUGUGUUACUUCCACCUGUGCGCGGAGGACUACCACUGGUGGUGGCGCGCCUUCCUCAGCUCGGGCUCCACGGCCGGCUACUUGUUCAUCUACUGCUGCCACUACUUCGUCACCAAGCUCAACAUAGAGGACGCCGCCUCGACCUUCCUCUACUUCGGAUACACCCUUAUAAUGGUCUUCUUGUUUUUCCUCCUCACCGGCACCAUCGGAUUCAUGGCCUGCUUCUGGUUCGUCAGAAAAAUCUACAGUGUCGUCAAAGUCGAUUAAUUUACGCGGCGUUAGGUUAAGUAUCGGGUGUUGGUACAGCGGUAUUGACGAGUCCGUCGUGGGCGCCUAUGUUAUGUAUAAAGCCGAGUUGUUACACCAAAGCGUUAUUUUUCUGAAAAAUGCGCUAUUUGUUGCGUGAGAACCUUCCGCCUAGUCCAUUCGUUUGUGAAAUGUCUUGUGUAUUGAUGGCCUGGUGAUCUAAGUGACAUUGACCUCAAUACUAGGGAUUUUAAUAAACAAUAAUAAUAUCGAAUCACGGACAUGACUAUAUUGCAAUGGAUGUCGAGAUGAGCCACGUGCCCACACAUGAGCCCGGCAGCCUGCCGGCCCCUGUAGUGCGGCAGUGUGACAAGUGAGACUGCUGUACACAUUGUGAUUAAUUGUAUAAAACUUUAUAAUGCUAAUAUAAUAAAUUGAUAGUCCCUGUGCGUCUUUUGUUUGUUUAUUAUUUAGAUUUAAUUUGAAUGUUAGGUCGUAUACAUAUUGUCUGAAAUCUGCACUAUAUUGCGAUAACUUCCAGUAGUGAGAAUCUUCUUCAAUGUGUAUGCUGCCUUUAGUUGCUAGCUGUGUAUUUUUUUUCUGUGAAUGGAAUUUGAAGCUUAUAUUUAUACUUACAUAUUUUUUAUUACACGGUUUUAUUUAUUUUUUGAAAUCAGCUAUAUAUUUACAACCCUGCACAAGAAAACUAGUUAGUAAACCCGUGGAUUAUAUCCGAUAAAAACAAUUGACUAAUAUAGUACUUAACUGUGCCCUAUACAAUAUCAAGGAAUACUAAAAUAAUGUGAUUUACGAGUAAGGGAUUCGAUGAUAUUUUAACCAUGUAUAAUGUAUAUUGCAAUUAAAACAUAAGUGAGAUUAAGCAUUUUUAAAUAAAAUUAUUAGGGAUAAUGAAUACUUCAGAUUGAUUUCGUUUCCCGUGUUAUCGUGUGGAUGUGGCAUGAUUGGAACUAAAUAUUCAACGUAACUAAUUAAUUGAAUAGUUGUCCAUAUCACAGUUAUAAUAAUAAAAAUGUGUAGUCAACAUAUUUGUCGUGAUAAAUUAAAGCUGCGUCAAAACAUUUGGAGUAGAUUAAACAUUUUGACGAAUUGUUAGGAAAGUUAUAAAGGUAUUGGUAGUUUAAUAUUCCUAAAUUAAAUGUAUAAUAAGAAACUAUUACUCUAUAAAUCCAUACGAUGACACUAUUAGAUUAUUAUUUUAGUUUCUAUUGUUUAAAAACACAUACAUGUAUCGUAUGCAUAUUAUGCAAUUUAAUUUAAAUGUAAUUUUAUUUUAUUAUUAUUUUAAAAUUAUACUUAGUUGAAACAGUUGAAUGUAAAUAAAAAACCUACAUAUUUUAAAAA